AUGAUACACUCGAAUAUACUCAAGUUGUAAAAAAAAAAUUCAUUCAAAUAUAUAUACUUUCUCCACUAUAGUAAUUUAAUUUUAUUAAUAUUUAAUUAUAUUUAAUUAUAUUGCAGCGAUCUUAAUAAUAUAGCUCGGAAGAACUUUCACAAAUUGAUUUAGCGCAAUUUGUACAAUAUGGUAUGUUUCUUUUUUUUAUCUUCUUUGCAUAAGCAAGAUUUACAUCUUUUGUUUUUUUUUUCUAAUUGAAUUACUCGUUUUUUUUUUCUCUUUCCGAUUCUAAACUGUUGUUUAAAAUCUACGCCACAGAUGUUUUUAUUGGUUUUCAUGGCAUUGUAAUAAUCAAACAAUUCAAAAUAAUUAUGUUCCUACAGGUGUUUUUUCUUUUCAUAAUAUAUUCUUUAUAUAAUAUAUUUAUUUACUUACUAAAAUAUACAUACAUAUAUAUAUAAUAUGUACAUUAUAUAUAUUUUUUACUUACUACUACAAUAUACAUACAUACAUAUAUAAUAUAUAUACAUUAUACAUAAUAUAUUUUUUACUUACUACAGUAUAUAUAUAUAUAUUUUUUUUUUUUGUUAUUUCUGUUUUUUAGAAAGCUUUUAUGAAAUAAUCAAACUUAUUGGAAAAUUCCUACGAAAUGGAUCGAUUUUCAUGCUAUAGUACUCGAAGGUGUUAAUGCGUAUGUCAGUCGCUAUGUAAACAUUGGUCAGGUCACUAUUAACUGGAAUGUCAACUGCACGUUGGUAUCGAUUUAUACAGGACAUGCCUUUCUCAGGAAUUGUACAGGAAAAUGGAAAAUGGGUUGGCAAAGGAUAUGCGUUUUACAUUUUUGAUUUACUCAGUUUAAAACUAAACUUCACCUAUACCAUUGUCCCACCAAAAGAACAUAUCUUGGGAAAUAAAAAUAGCGGCGUUCUUAGUUUACUCUACAACAAGAAAAUAGACGUAGCUGUUGCAUUUCUUCCUGUAUUGCCAGAAAUGAAUAAAUAUUGCACGUUUAGCAUUCCAUUAGAUGAAAUGAAACUAACUGCUGUGAUGAAGAGGCCUCAGGACUCAGCUACAGGCUCAGGUCUUCUGGCACCCUUUGAAAGAACCGUCUGGCUGUUGGUUUUAGCUUCGCUAAUUUUUGUAGGGCCGAUUAUUUACCUUUUCGCCAACAUAAGAGAAAAAUUGUGGCACGUUCCCACUUCUGAAAACUUCAGUUUGUCCUCCUGUUUUUGGUUCGUUUAUAGUUCUCUGUUGAAGCAAGGCACAAAUAUCGUUGCUACAACGGAUUCUACACGAAUGCUUUUCGCUACAUGGUGGAUUUUUAUACUGAUUUUAACGUCCUUCUACACGGCGAAUCUCACUGCGUUUCUUACAAAGCCUCAAUUUACGCUGUCUAUUAGUUCUCUGGAAGAUAUCGUUCAGAAAGGGUACAGUUGGAUUACCUAUAAAGGACGCACGAUUGAAACUUUGACGUACAACUUGUCACUUUUCCAGAACCAGGAAAACGAAUUGAGUUUAUUGAACGCAACCAAAACGCGUAUAAAUUUUAAAUAUCCCGAGCCUUCGAAAGAUAUUUUACAAUUAGUUAGCACGAAAAAACUCUUCCUGGCAGAAACACAUUACUUGCAAACUUUAAUAUUCGAGGACUACGUGAAUAAGACUCGUCAACAUUUGGAACAUAACUUACGUUGUACGUAUGUUAUAAUGCCUGGUAGCAUUUUAACAACCAGCCGUGCCUUUGGUUUUCCACUUAAUUCAACGCUUGGUAAAAAUAUCAAUCUAAUGCUGUUAAAAUUACUAGAAACUGGUAUUAUAAAUCAGAGGAAGAAAGAGGAUCUACCAUUAGCUGAAAUCUGCCCAGUUGAUCUUCGUUCGAGCGAGAGACAAUUGCGAAACACCGAUCUCCUUUUAACAUACAAAGUUGUCGUGGCUGGAUAUACUAUUGCUGCGAUUAUCUUCUUAUUCGAAUUGAUAUACGCGUUUAUAUUGUACCGAAUGCAAAAUAGUAAAAGGAGAAGUUGUCUGUCCUGUUGCGCUGCAAAAGCAAAGGCGCAAAGCUCUUCGAAGAAUAACUUCCCAGUGAAGAAUUGUUUGAUGUUAAAAAAAAGUCCACCAGCGAUUUAUCAGUAUCCUGACAACCUUUUGAUGCAACGAAAACAACAACUUAUCAAUGGAAGAAGUUAUUACGUGGUCACCAAUCCGUAUGGAAAGCAGAGUGAAAUGGCUGAGGCAGAAAUCUGUGGAUUUCUAGAUGUCAAGUUUUGUAGCAGUAAGUCUAAAGUUCAGAGAGUUAAAAAAAGAACGUUGGGCCCUUGGAAAACAUGGAAGAGACAUUGGUGUUCUUUCGAGAAAUUGAGCUCUGGAGAAGGUGUUAGAAUGAAUCUUGAUUAUUGUAUUAGCAACGACAAUAGUUCCUCGUCAAAUGACAAGGAGAAUUUCAUAGUAAUACCAUUGAAUGCCAUUGUUUGCCGUGCCCAGUCCAGAUCCAAGCAAUUUGCUUUUGGCAUAUUUCCCAUUAAAGAAAGAAAGCCACUGCUCUAUUUGGCUGGUAAUUCAGAAAUGGAGUCACAACGGUGGAUGACGAACAUCAGACAGCUGCUGAAACCUAGAAAACUUGAAUUUGCACCAGGAUCUUACAAAGUAUCUAUGGUUGAUAAUCCGCACUCUAAGGCAUCAGGAUUGACAGGAUUGUACGGCGACUUGACGACCAACACAUCAGGAGUCGUGAUAAAAAAUGUUCAUUCAGGAGAGAUACUGGAGAAUUUUAAGUGGAAUGAGCUCAAUCAGUUCCAUUUGGUAACGGCAGGACGACCAGACGACGUUAAAUGUAUUUGCGUAAUUCAUACAACAGAAGAAUUUCGCGCCGGGAUCGGUGAACUGCAUUUAUUUUGUUUAGAAGCUGGCAAAUUGUUGCAAGACUUGGUAACUCAGGGCCGUGGUCCAAGGUAUAAACAAACCAAAGCGAGGCCUUACAGCUUGAGCGAAGGCGAUAUUAGGGUAUGCCGUGAUGAGCGUCCACAUUGGUUCUCAGUAACAACUGAAAAGGUGAAAUUAAAUGUAUCGCCUAAAGGAAGAGAACCAAAUGAAAAAUACGAAGAAAUAGGUUGUAGGACAUCUAACAAAACAAAUGAGCAUGUUUAUCAACCAGAACCAUACAGUCAUCAUCAUGCUAGAAGUCACUCGGAUAUUUCUGUAACAUCUGGGAUUUAUGAAGAAAUUCCAGAUGAAUUGGAAAAGAAUGCAGCAGCUGUUUCAAGUCUCUGCACGGAGCAUCUUCGUGAUCGAUCGUCAGAAGAACCACCACCUUUGCCCCCACGACAAAGAUGCGCCUCAGAGUCCAUGAAAGGAAGCAGAUGCAGACUGCAAGAUAUUCAAUCCUCUGGACCUAGUAGCUUACCUCUGACAAUAUCUCAUGGAAACUCUGUACAGAUUGAAAGAAAUAAUUCAGAAUUUCAAAGAAUAACGGACGAGUCUAGUUAUGUUCCUAUGUCACCACGAUUAAAAGAUAUCACAUUAGUAGAAAUGCAAGCAGCUCUACAAGAAAAUGAUUACGUUUUCAUGCGAUAGACGGAACGUAAGCUGCGGUACAGUGAAUGAAUUUCUAUGAGAGAUCUUAAUAAUUGCUGUCUAAUGCUUGAUCUCUUUC